AGUCUGAGGAAGCACCACAACGAGCUCAACAGCCAGCUCAAGCUUGAACACAUCACUCAGCCACACCCACCUGCAUCGAGCUGAUCACCCGGCCCGCGAUCCCAAUGGAGCUUCCUCAACUUGCGUCCUUCCUCGGCGUGGUGCUCGCCACGGUGCUCUUCUUCAAGCUUGUCUUCCGCCGCCGCCGCCAGUACAACCUCCCGCCGGGCCCCAAGCCGUGGCCGAUCAUCGGCAACCUCAACCUCAUCGGCACGCUCCCGCACCGCUCCAUCCACGCGCUGUCCAAGAAGUACGGCCCGCUCAUGCAACUCCAGUUCGGCUCCUUCCCGGUGGUCGUCGGCUCCUCCGUGGAGAUGGCCAAGUUCUUCCUCAAGACCCACGACGUGGUGUUCACCGACCGCCCCAAGACCGCCGCCGGCAGGUACACCACCUACAACUACAGCGACAUCACCUGGUCCCCCUACGGCGCCUACUGGCGCCAGGCCCGCAAGAUGUGCCUCACCGAGCUCUUCAGCGCCAAGCGCCUCGAGUCGUACGAGUACAUCCGCAGGGAGGAGGUGCUCGCCCUCCUCGGCGACCUCUACCGCGGCGGCGCCGGUGCCAGCCGCGUGGUGGUGCUCAAGGACUACCUGUCCACGGUGAGCCUGAACGUGAUCACGCGCAUGGUGAUGGGCAAGAAGUACCUGGAGAAGGAGGUGAGGGACGAGGCAGGGGCGGUGAUCACGACGCCCGACGAGUUCAAGUGGAUGAUCGACGAGCUGUUCCUGCUCAACGGUGUGCUCAACAUCGGCGACUCCAUCCCGUGGCUGGACUGGAUGGACCUGCAGGGGUACAUCAAGAGGAUGAAGAAGCUGAGCAAGAUGUUCGACCGGUUCCUGGAGCACGUCGUCGACGAGCACAGCGAGCGCCGUCGCCGCCAGGGGGAGAGCUUCGUGGUGAAGGACAUGGUGGACGUGCUGCUGCAGUUCGCCAGCGAUCCCGGUCUCGAGGUCAAGCUCAACAGAGAGGGCGUCAAGGCUUUCACUCAGGACCUCAUUGCUGGCGGCACGGAGAGCUCCGCGGUGACAGUGGAAUGGGCCCUCUCAGAGCUCCUGAAGAAGCCAGAGGUGCUCGCGAAAGCCACCGAGGAAUUGGACCGUGUGGUGGGGCGAGGCCGAUGGGUCACCGAAAAGGACAUGUCGAGCCUUCCCUAUGUGGAUGCCAUCGUCAAAGAGACCAUGCGGUUGCACCCGGUAGCGCCGAUGCUUGUACCCCGCCUUUCACGCGAGGACACGUCUAUCAACGGCUACGACAUCCCCGCCGGCACACGGGUGCUAGUCAUGGUCUGGUCUAUUGGCCGUGACCCGGAGUUGUGGGAAGCGCCGGAGGAGUUCAUGCCAGAACGCUUCUUCGGUAGCAGGCUCGACGUCAAGGGGCAGGAUUAUGAGUUGCUUCCAUUCGGGUCGGGACGCAGGAUGUGCCCGGGGUAUAGUCUUGGGCUGAAGGUGAUCCAAGUAAGUCUGGCGAACCUCCUGCACGGGUUCACGUGGAGGCUCCCUGAUGGCGUGGAGCUGAGCAUGGAGGAGAUCUUUGGACUGUCAACACCACGCAAGUACCCACUGGAGGCCGUCGUGGAGCCCAAGCUCCCGGCUCACCUCUACGCCGAGGCUUGAAUAUUUGAUAUUGUGCCCUCGUGUGUUGAGUAAUUAUUACUACUUGUGAUGUUUUUUUGUUUUUUUUUCUAGUAUUAUAUAUUUGAUACAUGUGUGCCCUCGUGUGUUGAGUAAUUAUUAUUACUUGUGUUGUUAUAUUAUGCAUCGUAGAUCUGUAAAGAAAAGUGUAAAAGAUGGUCGACAAUUGCUAAUUUAGCAAGUGAAAUAAUGGAAAUUUUCCUCUUUAAA